ACGUGUAGAGAAGACAUCACACGAUCACAAGACCUGCCAGAGACAAUUAUUUUUAUCAUCUAUUGCUGUCAUCAGGUGAUCAGGAUUUUGAGCUGAAAAUCCUGAAUUGGGAUAAAACGCAAAUAAUUUAAAUAAAAUGUCAGGGAGAGAUAGAUUAGCGAUUUUCCCGUCUCGGGGAGCUCAAAUGUUAAUAAAGGCCCGUUUGGCUGGAGCUCAAAAAGGCCAUGGACUGUUAAAAAAGAAGGCUGAUGCUCUACAAGUCAGGUUUCGUAUGAUCCUGAGUAAAAUUAUUGAGACAAAAACCCUUAUGGGUGAAGUGAUGAAGGAAGCUGCAUUUUCUUUGGCUGAAGCUAAAUUCACUACUGGAGACUUCAACCAAGUAGUCCUGCAGAACGUAACAAAGGCGCAGAUCAAGAUUCGCUCUAAGAAAGAUAAUGUUGCUGGUGUUACACUGCCCAUUUUUGAGUCAUACCAAGAUGGCUCUGACACAUACGAGCUGGCGGGUCUCGCUCGUGGUGGGCAACAAUUGGCCAAGCUGAAGAAGAACUUCCAGAGUGCCGUGAAACUUCUUGUGGAGCUGGCGUCUCUGCAGACAUCUUUUGUGACCCUGGAUGAAGUCAUCAAGAUCACAAAUAGGCGUGUCAAUGCCAUUGAGCAUGUGAUCAUUCCGCGAUUGGAGCGUACUCUCGCUUACAUCAUUUCUGAGUUGGACGAGUUGGAGCGUGAAGAGUUCUACCGGCUGAAGAAGAUUCAGGACAAAAAGAAGAUCAUCAAAGACAAGGCAGAAGCGAAGAAAGCGGCCGAUAAGCUACUCGAGAGCGGCAAAGAUUUGCACGAUAUUGCCAACCUCCUCGAUGAGGGAGACGAAGAUCUCCUCUUCUAAAUACCGCAUCGUACCGCGCGCGUUCGUACAAAAAAGCCGCCCUCAAAGCAGCUGGUUUGGACGUGCACGAUGCGUCCAAUCUCUUGGACGACACUGAGAACGACAUCCUGUUUUAAUCCCGCGCCUGUAUUUCCCUAGCCUAGCUGUUUGUAGUCGUGCAGUCAACGCGCCAAAACGCAGUGACAGUUUAUUGUGACGAUCGGCAGAAUGCUUUAACGGCCGUUUCUUAUAUUCUUUGCCACAGCAAGAGUUAGGCGUACCUACCGUGGUUUAGUUUGUAGGCAAUUAUUAAUUUCAAUAAAUUAACAAAAACCUCUCAGCAUCUACGCUCUAUAUGAUAUGUGAUGUUUCCAGCACUUUUCCAUUGAUUCCAAAAAUGUUUUUCUGUUGUUGGCGUUUGUUAAACAAAAGUCGAGGGUACCAAUGUGUAACUGAAGCGACUAAUUAAAAUUGUUUCUCAGAACGGUCCUAUACGGUCAGCCUAAAGUAUAUUUGUGUACCCAGCUUAAUAUAACUUAAAAUUAUUUGUAAAACAGUGUCAAAAUCUAUUAAUAAAAAAAACUGUAGGUGUCUAACAAAAUUACAGAGUUAGUUUUAUCUAAUAUCCUCAAUUAGCAGUAUAUAUUAAAUAAGUAAAGUUUUGUUGGGAAUCGUUGGAAGUAUAUUUUUUAAGUGCGUGCACAAUGAUAUUAAAAUAAUAGUUACUAUUUACAAUUUGUGAUUUAAUAUGUACAGUAAUUGAGCUACUGGAAAUUUCGAACAGUAUGUUUAAUUGGGCUAAACGCAUACAUAAUAAAGUGUUAGAUAAAAUAUAAAACGUCAUUUGACUGCAUAUAACGUAGGUGUUACAGUGUUCAUUACUACUUUGUAAAUACUGUAUUGUUGUCCAUGUUAAAUAUUUACUAAACGCGCUUGAAUAUCUUUGUAUCUUAUUCCAGCGUAACACGGUUUGAAGUGCAAUGGUAUUUAAUGAAGUGUUUUUGAUCAGAUGGUACCGUCUGGUAAUUAUGUAGUAUGAAAGCAUUCCACCAAUAUUUCGUUUUUCGAUAAGCAGUUCUAUGAAAUCACAAAGUCCUAAUGUUGCAUAGUUCAGUAUAAGUACACCCGAAAUGUUUUUAGUUGUUUUUUGAAUUGUUGUUUGGUAUUAUAACAAUAUAAUUUAAGUGAGCAUCAUGUAAAUACAAGUUUAUGAACGAAAUAUUAAAAUAUUAUUAUUGAACUGAACUUUGUUUUAAUCAAUCAUAUUUUGAAAAAUUUCCAGAAAAGGGCAAUGCGGAUAUGUAAAGCGACUUUUAUGUAAAAAAAAAUGGCAAACAUGCGUAUGGCCCACCUGAUGGUAAGAUUAUUAAAAGGUAUAAAAUUAUAUGGUAUAUUAAACGUAAUGUUUGCGGUACCAAAAAUAUCACUCGCACCGUCGCAAGCCCUGCCUCAAUCCCCUUCCCCAUGUAGCCCUGGAACCUUACACACCGACAGAAACGCAACACCAAUGUAUGGUGGAAGUUACUUCCCCAGAUGGACGCUCCAAUUCGAGCUGAAAAUCUUGCUUUCGAAAAACCUCUCAUAAGACUUUAUUUUGGAAAGCAUUUGAUCACUUAUGCAAAGGGCGUCAUAUUUGCCACCCCGAGACAUUAAGGCUGACCUUACACUGAAUCAUAAAAUGAAUUCAUAUUAUUAAUUUGAAUGAAAUUAUUAAUUUUAAAUUGAUAAAAUUGAGGUUAGGAUUAGUGGCGGACUAACAGGGGGGCGGAAGGGGCGGCCCGCCCCGGGCCUCCAGUCUUGGGAGGCCCCAAAUGCGUACGCGUUCCCCUGAUCAAAUCCUAAAC